UGAAGGUGAUAGGUCAGCGAUAGCCAAAGCACUGACAACGCUAAAAUUUGUGUAAAUCGCGGGUUCGCGACGCAUCGACAUUUGAUUAGACUGGCAAUGUGAACGAAUCUACCUAUUGACAGGUCGGAAUAAAUCAGAAAUUAUAUUACGAAUUGAUGGUCUUAAUGCUUUACUUUUGACCACAAUGCAAUGCUAUACGGAGCUGACACCUCCUACAGCUGUCACACAUUCUUUGAGCCUUCCAUUUUUGUCGGCAGAUGCCAGAAACCUCAUCGUCGCAAAAGCUUCGUUGCUGCAGAUAUUUACAACUAAGACCAUAUCCGUGGAUCUCGACGAUCUUACUGGAAAAGAUUCAUCAGUAGUGAAAGAUUUCACAAGUACCGAUCCUAGGGCACAUGAUGAAGAUGGAGUUGAAGCUUCCUUUCUCGGCGCAGAUUCAAUUUUACCGCGAUCCGAAUUAGCUCGAACGACGAAACUCGUACUUAUAGCUGAAUAUAAUCUAUCCGGGACAGUUACAUCUCUUGUGCGAGUGAAGACGAUAUCCUCAAAGACUGGUGGUGAAGCAUUGCUGGUGGGAUUCAAGGAUGCAAAGCUCAGUCUCGUAGAAUGGGACCCAGAACGACCAGGCAUAUCAACGAUAUCAGUCCAUUUUUACGAACAAGACGAACUACAAGGAAGUCCGUGGGCACCUAGUCUUUCAGAUUGUGUCAAUUACCUUACGGUCGAUCCGGGAAGUAGGUGUGCUGCUUUGAAGUUUGGGGCUAGGAACCUUGCGAUUCUUCCUUUCAAACAAGACGAAGAUGUCAAUAUGGAUGAUUGGGAUGAGGAGUUAGAUGGCCCUCGCCCAGCGAAAAUCUCACAAAAAGCUGCUGGGGAAAAUGGAAAUCUCGAUACCCCAUAUGGAUCCUCUUUUGUUCUACGAUUGUCUUCGCUCGAUCCCAGCCUCAUCUUUCCGAUCCACCUUGAAUUCCUCUACGAAUAUCGGGAGCCAACUUUUGGAAUUCUCUCCUCUACCAUGGCUCCAUCGUCUGCUUUGCUCCAAGAGCGCAAAGAUCACUUGACAUAUAUGGUAUUCACCCUGGACAUACAUCAGAAAGCGUCAACCACAAUUCUCUCCGUUGGGGGUUUGCCUCAUGAUCUCUUCAUGAUCGUUCCAUUAGCCCCACCUGUGGGCGGAGCCCUUCUAGUUGGUGCCAAUGAGCUGAUACAUAUCGAUCAAGCUGGUAAAGCCAAUGGCGUCGCCGUGAACAUGUUCGCCAAGCAAUGUACCAACUUCAGCCUAUUGGACCAGUCCGAUCUUGCGCUUCGGCUAGAAGGUUGCAAAAUCGAUCAACUAUCUAUUGAAAAUGGCGAAAUGCUCAUCAUACUGCAUGGUGGUGAUAUUGCUAUUUUGAGCUUUCGCAUGGAUGGAAGAUCCGUCUCUGGUCUGAGUAUUCGACGAGUAAGUGCAGAAUUAGGCGGCGGUAUAUUGACGGGAGCUGCAUCAUGUGUAAGUUCCCUUGGAGCAGGUGUAUUAUUCGUUGGUAGUGAGGUAUCGGACUCUGUCGUUUUAGGCUGGAGUCGAAAGUCAGGCCAACCUUCACGUCGGAAGUCGAGGCUCGACAGUUCAGCAAUAUCGGAUGUUGACGAAGCUAUGCUCGAUGAAGAAGAUUUAGAAGAUGAUGACGAUGAUCUAUACGGUGAUGGGCCCACGGUCUCACCCACGACUGCCAAUGUCACAGCUUUGAACAGUAAAGCUGGAGACUACACAUUUCGUAUACAUGAUUCCAUGGUCAAUAUAGCUCCCAUCACUAACAUUACAUUUGGGGAAGUAGCGUUGAGCUCGGAUAAGGAAGAAGAGCUCAAGAUUACGGGAGUCCAAAGUGAGCUUCAGCUUGUAGCCGCUGUGGGUCGUGAAAAAGGAGGUUCUCUAGCCGUCAUUAACCGUAAUAUACAACCCAAUGUUAUAGGCCGAUUUGAAUUACCUGAAGCUCGUGGUAUAUGGACCAUGAGCGCAAAGAAACCUGCGCCAAAAGGAUUGCAGGUCAACAAAGAGAAGACAGUCAUCGGUGGUGAUUAUGGCGUUGAUGCUCAAUAUGACAGACUAAUGAUAGUUUCCAAGGCAUCUGGAGCUGAAGAUGCUAUUGAAGAAUCAGCUGUUUAUGCAUUAACGAAUGCAGGUUUUGAGGCUUUGUCAGGAACAGAAUUUGAACCAGCUGCUGGAUCCACAAUCGAAGCUGAUACGCUUGGUAAUGGAAUGCGUGUCAUUCAAAUCUUAAAGUCUGAAGUAAGAAGUUAUGACGGUGGUAAGUCCACUCCUUUUCUUGAAAUUAUGCCUUUCACAUGGUGUGUGGUCGGAUGGGCAAAUAGGUUGGGACAAGUCUGGGGAACUUUUGUAUUUUUCACUCAUGUAUUUUCGCUGCCCGGGGCGCUAUCUGGAAAUCUAUCAUAUCCUUUAGCAUCAAUGAAAGCGAAUUAUCAACAUCACAACUGUGCCUCCAUGCAAUCUGCUCCCUGCGACAUGUCUCUUCCUGCCAUUUCAUGAUAGAAACGUAGCUGACUGUGUAUCUGUGGUGUAGAUCUUGGUCUCGCACAAAUAUUGCCAAUGCUCGAUGAUGAAACUGGAGCAGAACCAAAGAUCAUCAGUGCAAGUUUUGCAGAUCCGUUCCUUCUACUAAUAAGAGAUGACGCGAGCAUUUUUGUUGCACAAUGUGACGAUGACAAUGACCUUGAAGAGAUAGAAAGGGUUGAUGAUGUUCUGCUUUCCACGAAAUGGCUCACUGGCUGUUUGUAUGACGACUAUAGCAGGGCUUUCUCCGAUAGCAAGUCGAGCAAGCCAGGAAAAAAUGUGAAGAUGUUCUUGCUCAGUGCUGGUGGAGGAUUGCACGUGAGUGCCAUCUGAAUAUUUUCAUUGACCGAUUUCUAAUACUUUCAGAUUUACGCACUGCCUGAUCUUUCAAAGCCGGUCUAUGUGGCGGAGGGAAUAUGCUUUGUACCACCUGUUCUCUCAGCAGAUUAUGCAGCGAGAAAAUCUGCAGUUCGGGAAACGUUGACCGAAAUAUUAGUAGCCGACCUAGGAGAUUCAGUAUCUCAGUCCCCCUAUCUCAUUGUAAGACUUUCCAUUUUGUUCUACUUGAUUUCACACUGACCUUCUUAGCUGCGACCAUCAAACGAUGAUCUUACCAUUUACGAGCCCUUCCGCAUCGCGUCUGCAUCUCCUAAUAUUCUAUCAUCUACGCUUCAGUUUUUGAAAAUACAUAACACACAUCUGGCACAGGCUCCAGAUGUGUCUGCUGAAGAGCAAGCGGAUGAAACUCAGCAGACAAAUGAUAAACCAAUGCGUGCCGUCUCAAAUCUAGGUGGAUACAGUGUUGUCUUUAUGCCAGGUGGUUCUCCAAGUUUCAUCGUCAAAAGCUCUAAGACAUUACCAAAAGUUCUCAGCCUGCAAGGAACAGGAGUUCGCAGUCUAAGUAGUUUCCAUACAGAAGGUUGUGACAGAGGAUUUAUCUAUGCCGACACAGAAGGCAUCGUUCGUGUAGCGCAACUUCCUUCAACAACCACGUUUGCCGACAUCGGAAUGGCCUUGCGAAAGAUUGAAAUAGGUGAAGAUGUUCACGCCGUAGCAUAUCAUUCACCACUGCAGACCUAUGUCAUAGGUACCAGCACUUUCACAGACUUUGAAUUACCUAAAGAUGAUGACCACCGAAGAAGCUGGCAAGAGGAAGAUAUCGCCUUCAAGCCAUCGAUCGAGAAGAGCUCUCUUAAGUUGAUUAGUCCAGUCAACUGGUCCAUCAUUGAUACCAUCGAGCUUGAGCCCUGCGAAGUUAUAACUUGUAUCAAGACUAUGAAUCUUGUGGUAUCAGAAGUCACCAACGAGCGCAAACCCUUACUUGUCGUAGGAACAGCUAUAACCAAAGGAGAAGACCUCGCUACAACCGGCCGCCUCUAUGUUUACGAUGUCGUUAUCGUUGUACCUGAACCCGAUAGACCCGAGACAAAUAAAAAGCUAAAAUUGAUCUCUGCUGAAACCAUCACUCGUGGCGCCGGUGGUCCUGUGACUGGUCUUUCCGAGAUUGGUACACAGGGUUUCAUGCUUGUUGCACAGGGCCAAAAGUGUAUGGUUAGAGGCCUCAAGGAGGAUGGCACAAACUUACCAGUCGCAUUUAUGGAUACUAAUUGCUAUGUCACGUCUAUCAAGGAACUUCCUGGUACAGGCCUUUGCGUGAUAGCAGACGCGUUGAAAGGUGUCUGGUUUGCGGGGUAUACAGAAGAACCCUAUAAAAUGCUACUUUUUGGGAAGAGUGCGACGAGGAUGGAGGUACUUUGCGCGGAUUUGUUGCCAGAUGGAAAGGAUCUGUUCAUUGUGGCUGCGGAUGCUGAUGGGAAUUUGCAUAUUAUGCAAUAUGAUCCUGAACGUAUGUUAUAUAUUUUCCUAUUCCCUCUUCUGUUUUCUCUCGGUGAACAUGAUUACUAUUAUAGAGGCCCUUGACUAAUAUACACAUAGAUCCCAAGUCCCUCCAAGGCCACCUCCUCCUCCAUCGCACCACAUUUUCCCUCGGUGCCCACCACCCCACAACCAUGACACUUCUUCCCGCCACCCCAUCUCUACAUCAAUUAACCACAACCUCAUCCUCAUCUCUCAGUCCAUCUCCCCAAGAAGAUUCCCCCUCGCCUUCCCAAUCCCUCCUCCUCACUUCGCGUACCGGAACCCUUGCCCUUCUUUCCCCAUUAACCGAAUCCCAAUACCGCCGUUUCGGCACCUUAGUCUCACACCUUACAAAUACACUUUAUCAUCCAUGUGGACUUAACCCAAGAGCAUAUCGAAUAGACAAAGAUGCGAAUGAGGGAAUUGUAGGAGGAAGAACGAUUAUUGAUGGAGGUGUGUUGGGGAGAUGGAUGGAACUUGGGAGUCAAAGAAGAGGAGAGGUAGCUGGACGAGUAGGAAUUGAUGUUUUGGAAUUGAGGGAUGAGCUGAGUGAAUUACGUAGGGGUUUGGAGUUUUGUUAGGGAGUUUGUUGGAGUGGGAGAGUGCGAUGUGGUGGUUUGUGAUUAGAAAUGCAGAUGAUACGAAUGGGUAGAAAAUAAAAGCAUUUGGAGCAUGGGAUAAUCGACUCUCAAAAAGCAUAAUAGUGUCAAGAAACUAGCAAACAAAUCGGUAAUCAAUAUCAUCUCAGCUUCCUCACCCUAACCCCGACCAUAUCAUAACACUAUCGACCAAACAAUAUCCAUGACUACUCUUCAACAGUACAGAAAUUCAACUUCACUUCUUUUCAAAAAUCAUCACAGCCAGCAGCAAAAUUUCGCAGCUAUAAACACUCAUCAUCUUCACAAGCCUCCAACUCUAAACUCUAAAAUCCUUUAGAUA